UGAACGCUCCGUGGAUUUUCUCACAGUGGAGUACAGAGCUGCGAACAGGACGGGAGGAGGAGAGCUCUGACCAGCACCGAGGAGGGCGACAUCGGACUGCUUUUCCUUUUUUUUUUCUUUCUCUGAACAGUAAAACUUGGGAAUUCCUGCCAACCUGAAACUUGAGCGGACGAACCGUCGGGUCAUGAUGGCAUCUCUGAUGAACUCUGCGUGCCUCCUCUUCCUGCCUGUUGCUCUGCUGCUGAUGUUGAGCCCGUGCCCUGUCGCUGCAGCGUCGGCCAGAAGGUGUCACUCCAUCUACAAGGGCUUCGCUCAGUGUUUGAUGGCUCUGGGUGACAGUCUGACGGACAACGCCCGCAAGGACGAGGACAUGCACGAGAUCCACUCCAUCUGCAGGUCAUGGGAUGAAUUCCACGAUUGCGCUAACAUCGCGAUGGCUGGCUGUCCGGAUGAAGCGGCCGCCGUCUGGGAGUCUCUCCGGCAGGAAUCCAAGAAGAUGCAGUUCUCUGGAAACCUUUACGACAUGUGUUCCAACCGCAACAGCCACCCGGUGGCCUCGGCCUCCCCGAACCAGGAGGAGAUCAACCAAGAGUCUCUACGAGGAGGCGCCGGUCACCUGGCGUCCAGCCUCCACCUCCUCCUGCUACUGUCUCCUCUGCUGCUGCUGUUGUUUUGGAUAUAACUUUCCCCCUGAAGAAAUGGGACUAGUGUGAAUAGAUAUAAACUUUGUGUAUUUUUUUUCCUCCCCUUCCACGAGCCCGUAGACUUUCCACAGUUUCUUCUUCCUCUGCGCUGCCAGAGGUUGAUUAUUUCUAACUGCAUGUUCAGAGGCCCGACAGUCUUUUUGAUAAUGUAUCUCUAAACUGCCUGUGCCGUUCCAUGCAUAUUCUCUGCCUUUUAAUUAGUCUCUCUGUUGGAAACACACACAGAAUUCAUACAGAGACACACAGCCACUGUACAAACAGGCUUGCAAACACAUACAUAGUUAAACAGAUGCAUACAGCCGCCUCGUGUCAUCCGUCUUUAUUCCCUAACCUCCGAAACCAAGUUAGUCUGAGCUUGCAUGUCGUGGAUCCGGGCAGAGUCUGUCUUCCUGACUCUAAUAACAGAAACAUAAUAACGCAGUCCUGUUUGAUAAACCUGAAACCUAAGUGAUGAGGAAUCCAUGAGCAGUUAAACUCAUUCAUUUAUAUGAUGAACUAGCCGGCUAAUGGGAAAUCUAACAUUCGUCGCUCGCUAGUUUAGACUCAGAGCUGUGUUCGAACUCCAGCUGGGCGACUUUUGUGUUCAGUUUUCCCGUUGCUUUUCUUCUCCGGUCUCUGCCAGUGUUGAAGAUCCGCAGCCAAGCUUACGUCCCAAUUUAACUCAAAGUUCCCCAGAAAACUGGCAACAGAAAAUGUGAAUUAAUGCACAUUUCCAUCUACAGCUGUUAUGUGCUCAUACCAGGUCGGUUCUUUGGGAAAAACAGCUGCAGUGUUGGAGAGGAAGAAGAGGUCGAAAUGUGAGUAAAAGAGCAGCACUUGAAUCUAGAAAUGUGCAGAAAUGAUGGACAUUUGAUAAUUUUCUGAGUAUUUAUUUAAUAAAUAUGAGGACGUUAUAGUCUCAACAUCCUUUCCCACAAGCGUAACGCUGAGCCGCAGUUUUUCAAACCUCUGCUGGAUGUUUAAUUUAUGUUUUCACUGCACACUGUCACAUUUUGCUUCCUUGAUCCACACACUUUUUCUCCUCAGCUGAGCAUUAAAACUUUUUUAAGCAUAAAUUGAGAAUUUGCAUAAAAAACAGGUUGAAAGGAAAAAACCUACUGGGAAGCUAAAACAUGGGUGCUAAUCAGGGGAACCACUGAUGUAUUCAGAGCUGGAUAUGUUAGCCUUGCUGCUAACUUUUCCUAGUGGUCACUCGUGGUUUUGCAAUGGAAAAAUCCCAAAAAGAGUAUUCCACGUAGAUCCCAGUUAUAAAAGAAGUAUUUGUUAAACCCAGCACAGUGCUAAUACAGAAAUGUAGAAGCAAAUAAACUUUGUUUGGCUACUUUCAUGCAGGCACAAUCAGGUGCCAUCUUUUAUGCUCUGUAAUACAUCUAAACUUGGUGAACUCAUGUUGUAGAUUAGUAUUAGGAUGCGAGGAAGCUACUUUUUCUUCUUGCGUUAAUCAUACCCCAAAGCAAACCACUCCCAUUUUCACUUCAUAAGUGAACCUUGAGAUCCUGCAAUCCGGAGGCCCCGAAAUCGGCUUCUGUUGUGGGGGCCUUGGGAUUACAUCUCUGCUUUUUGCAGAUGAUGUGGUUCUGUUGCCUUCAUCAGAUCGUGACCUUCAGCGGGCACUAGAGUGGUUUGCAGCUGAUUAUGACACAACGGGGAUGCGGAUUAGAACCUCAAAGUUCAAGGCCAUGGUUCUCUGCUGGAAACCAGGUUAGGGGGGGAGUUCCUUCCUCAAGUGAAGGAGUUCAAGUAUCUUGGGAUCUGUUCAUGAAUUAUUGGAAAAUAGAGCAUGAGAUGGACAGGCGGAUUGGUGGGGCAGCAGCAGUAAAUGCAGGCGUUGUAUCGAACCGUCAUGGUGAAGAGGGAGCUUAGCUGCAAGGCGAAGCUCUCAAUUUACCAGUCCAUCUACUUUCCAACCCUCAUCUAUGGUCAUGAGCUCUGGGUAGUGACCAAAAGAACAAGAUCGCGGAUACAAGCGGUUGAAAUGAGCUUCCUCCGCAAGGUGGCUGGGCCCUUAGAGAUAGGGUGAGGAUCUCCGACAUCUUGGAGGGUGGUCGGAGUAGAGCCGCUGCUCCUUCGUGUCUAAAGGAACCGGUCAAGGUGGUUUGGCCAUCUGAUUUGGAUCCAUCUGGGGAGGCUUCCUUUUGAGGUUUUUUGAACACAUCCACCUGGGAGGAGACCCUGGGGUAGACCCAGAACUCGCUGGAGGGAUUAUGUAUUUUGUCUGGCCUGGGAACGCCUCGGGAUCCCCCAGGAAGAGCUGGAAAAUAUUGUUCGGGGGAAGGACGUCUAGAAUAACCUGCUUCGUCUGCUGCCUCCACGACCUGACCCCAGAUAAUUGGAAGACGAUGGAUGGAUGGAUGCACAUCGAUGACCCACAACAUUAAACCACCUGUCUAAUAUUGUGUAGAUCCACUUGCUGUUAAAACAGUGUUGACCCAUUGGGGUGUGAACGUAGCAGUUGUUCUUUAGUGUCUGGAACUGGAACAUUGGAUCCUUUGGGUCUUGUAGGUCACACAGCGAGGUUUCCAUGGGUUGCGACAUAUUCCGUUGAUCCUGAGUCGAAUUGGGUUCCAUGAAAUUGGAAGUCGAUCAACUCUUUGGGUUCUGUCUUGUUCCUCGACUUGUUUUUGAGCAUUUUUUCUACUGACAUCUACUACAUCUACAGAGUGCAGAUAUCAAUUUAACAUCCACUUCAGUGCAGGACUAAAGGUUUUCCAGCAGAACAUUCCACUGUUGCAAGAUUAUCACCCAUCAUUGGUCGUAAUGUUGUUUCUGAUUGGCGUAAACUGGUUAAAAGUUACCAAAAGUGUUAUUUCAGUGUAAUUUCUUAAUUUCCCUUCGGUCCUCGUCCAGCUCCUUCUGUGAUGCAUCUCCCUCUUGAUUUUCUGUCAAGAACUUACAAACUAAAUUUCGUCUCUCCCAAGCAUCCUGUUAUAAUAUAGCGAUCGAAUACUGCAGUUGUUUGGGGAAUCACUGGAAAAAGAUCACAAACCAAGAGUGCAUUUGGACUCCUGCCACGAUUAACGUCUCACCUCCAACAAAGUGAACUAUUAGUUGCUGUAAAUAUCUUCUACACACAUGGAAGUUGUUUGCUAAGGUGCAUGCAGUCAUGAAAACUGGCUGUAAAGAUUUGUUGGACUGAACGAUUAAUUGGAAUGUUACUGGAAUCACAAUGUGGCCAAAAAAUAUCCAAAUCACAGGAGCUGCAAUUUAGUAAAUGGUGUCAUAUGGGUCCCCCACAUGAAGAGCCAGGUUCUGAUUAAGGUUUCUUCCCAUUAAAAGGGAGUUUUUCCUUUCCACUGUCGCCUUAGGGCUUGCUCUGGGGGUUCAGGCAUAUGGGCUCAGUAAAGUGUCUUGAGACAAUCUGAGUUUUAAUUGGCGCUAUAUAAAUACAAUUGAAUUGAACUGAAUACUGUUCUGAAUGAAGCAUGGUGGUGCUACAGAAAUACUUAAGUCAUAUUCUCCAGACGUAAAGGAACAUGUGGGUUCAGGACAGAGUCCAGCAAAAGAACAUCGUAAUUUUUUAUAUACAUUUUAAUUUGAAAGUAAUUUAAGAAUUGCAUUUUAUAGUAAAACUGUGGCUUCUUGCAAUAUCUGUAAACAAUAAUCACAGUAUCUUUUUUUUCACAUAUUAUCCAGCCUUGCUGUUUUUUCUGGAAAUCUCUUAAAAUGCUCAACAUUGCCUCAAACGGUAUGAAAAGCUUUCUCUGAAACAACUCCUAGCAAUCAACAAUCGCAAUUGGAUUUCAUACCUCACAUUAACUGUGAUGCCAUACGAUCAUAUAGAACCAGAACACAGACUAAUUAAAGAUAAUGAAGGACCAUCUGCAGAGCUCCAGUCUCAGCUGCAGCACUGAAACCCUGUUUAGUAGAAUUACUGAAUAAAUACGUGACUUGUAGUCCUUUAACCCUCUGAACUUCAAAACCUGUCGAAAGGUUUAAAAAGCAUGUUCUCUUUUAAAAAAAAGUGGCCAAAAUUACACCAUUUACCCCACUCAGAAACUGUAAAAACAGAAUAAUUUUGCAGGUUUUUUUAACCUUCCAACAGUCCUUAAACAAUUAAUGUGUGACUUCUAAUUCUGUUGGGAAAAUUAACCAAGUCUAAGCUCUUAAAAUCGUGAUAUUUCAUCAAAAUCUACCUAAAAUAAAUAUUUUGCCCAUCAGAUUCUGUAAAAACACAGAUUCUCUAAUCGUUGCUGCAACUGAGAAACUGUUAGUGAUUCUGCUGCAAACUCCAGUCAUGUGUCAAAAACCCUGGUAGUUUUCGGCUGAACUGCAGGCCGUGUAUGGACACAAAUUUAAAAUGCUAAUAGGAAAAUAAUUAUAGUAUUUAAACUACAGGCCAAAGGCUUGGAAGCAAGAUCAAAUUUGUACAAGAAAAAAGCAUGAUUUCAUUGGUGUACUUUGCCACAAAAUAAACACGAUUAUUAUUAUUGUUACUAUUAUUAUUAUUAUUAUAUAGACUCACUCAUUAGAAUACAUUUUACGAUAAUUAUCAGGUAUUUUUGUCUGUACUGUUGUUCUUUGCUCAGCUGUUUCUUUCUGUGGUAGUUUGUCAGAGAUAUGGACACAGUUGAGAAUAACUGAGAUUUUUGUUUGCAAACUCUGAAAAGCCAAAGAGCUAAAGUCAGUACUGCAAAUUGUGAUUAGUUUUUUACUUUUACACUGAAGUUGUCAAUCUUGUGAAUUUUCUCAACCCGAAAACUAAGACCUUCUUUUAUUUUAAGAGUUAAUCAGCAAUUGUCUGGUAACUUCAAUGUAUAGCAAAAGAUAAAUAGAGGAAAAUGGUGCAUAUCAGUGACAGAAGAAUCUGAUCAUGCAGUGAAUACAUCCCAGAAUCAACAGAAUUCAUACUGGCUUUUAAGACAGACUUGAAGUAGCUUCCAAGCUUUUAGCCUGUAGUGUAGAUUCUCCUCUUUUCAAUUUUUUUUGUACAAUGUUGUUAACUUUGAAAAAAUAUUGUACAUGUUAAUUCCAGAUUUCUCUUUUUUUAAAUAACAAUGAAAGUAAUUCAGCUUUUAUUGAUUUUUAGACGAUUCAUGGCAUCAUAAAAGCGUCAUAUGGUAGAAAAAAUACAUUUUUCAGUUCUUUCUACUUCUAUCAUGGUUGUUCUGUUUCCAUAGAGGUGCAGGACUUCAUAUUGCUGUGAAAAAUGAGACCACAGUGAGUGAAAUUGUGUCCGGACAGAGGGCUAAUGCAUUGAAAUUACACCUAAAUGAAACCAACAGUUACACUUUGGAGAACUUGCCAUUCGUUAAACGGUUUCUUGUGGAUUUGCCGCAGCAACGUGAGUCGGUUGUGCUGCAGUUGUUUGUAUUUGGUGCCCGUCCAGGUAUGAAAUCCUCGGAGGUUCUUCCUUUGGCAUCCUGCCUCGUAGCCCUACAGUGUGGGACCGAUAUGUUCUCCAGUCAGAACCGCGGCCGCCGGCACGCCAAGUGUGUUUUCAUGCUCCAGGAGUCGUGGUUCGGCCCUGCAGGCCUGCCGGAGCUGCUUGUUAUUCUAAGUGUCUGCAGGUAACAGUUGUUUCUGUCUGGCCCGGGAUCAGAAAUACUAUCAGAUUAGAGACAGACAGACAGCGACGGAGAGAGAGAAAGAUGAGUACAGCCUGAAAACAAACAGCCGAGCCCAAGAUUGAAUCCACUCGUCGAGCAGCGAGUGUGUUUUACACAGGGGGGCUUUAGGUUGGAGGUUUGCUUCUCUUUCUUCACCCAAAAAAAUAAAUCAAAGCCGAGCCGACUUUAAAGAGUUAUGCUUUGCACAAAACAGAAUCCUCAGAGGCUGCAGCAGCGCUCCAACUUUAAGAGAGCGGGAAAUAAAUAAAGAUUUACGACACAAAGAGAGCCGUGUUUCACCUUAAGAGCUGAUUGAGUUCGUCUACCUUGCUGACGGCAAGUUCGUUCUGAGCAGGUGGAAUUAAACAGACGCACAUUCAGAUACAGUCACUUUAUUUAGGACAUCCAUGUAGAUUCUGUCUCGUAAGCUUUUGUGUUGCACAGAAAUAUAGUUCUUAGAUUCUGACCCCCAGUUUUAAACAGCGGAGAACAAACCCAGCGACGUAAAUCUGAAGGCGAGGAAAACUCCAAUCAGCCUGCAGCUAUUUUUGCCUCCAUGAGGACCUUCACCCAGAGAUAUGCUCGGAUGGUUUAAAGAGGACGCUGCAGUUCUGAACUUUAAUUAAACUGACAGAAUUAGCAAUUAGAGGCCUCGAUGGCUGAUUCACUAAAGGUGCAGCAACUAGAGAACUAUUCCUCUGUGGAGUUCAGAUAAGAUGUUGUUACCGGAGGCAAAAUGUAAGUAAAGUUAUAAAAGAUCACACUGGAUGUGUUUGUACAAAUAAAACCAGGAAUAAAACACAGUACAGUGAGCUCAGUCAUCAGCAGUUUGAACUGCAAAGUAGUGAUUUAAGUUAGUAAACCACCAUCUGCCAGCAAAAAAUAAAUAGUUAAAGUAAAACUAAUCCAUCCACACUGUUGAACAUACAUAAAUAAAUUAAACAAUUAUGUAUUUAGCUUAUUAAAUAAUGUAAAACACAUUUCUAAAGGACAAAUUGUUUUCUGUGAAAUACACAUUUUUGACAUGAAUAUUAUUUACACUUUUAUUUGGAUGUUUUUACUGUGAACAUGUAAAUUAAUACUUUUUUGUGAUUCUGUUAGAUAUUAUUAGUAAUUGAACAGAACAUACACAAUAACAGUUUGAAAUUUAACAGAUUGUAGAAGAAGAAAAUGUUGUUUGUAAAAAAAAUGCAAGACACAUUAUUUGCAAAAAUUGGGUUUUGUUUAUUUGUCUUUUUUUUACAUUUAAAAUGUGAUUUUUUUUUGUUUAUUUUGUUAUUUUACUAGUUACAAAAAUCUGUGAUAUUUCAGAUUAGGUUUUGUAGCCAGAGGCAAAUUAAAUAAUCCUCAUGAAAUCUUUCUUAGAAGAAAGUUUGCUACUGAUAAAUCUGAUUUCAAAGAGUUUUCUUGUUCUGGGCUCCUAAAACUGAGUAACUGGGGAAGUUAGGCGUCUUAGUACGGAGCACCAGCAGCUCCUGAGAUCUUUUUGUCUUUGUCUCAUCUUCCAUUUGAUUUAGCUUCUUAUCUCUAGACUGUAGAUGACUUGUAGCAUCUUCAUUGUGUCCAACAACCUGUGAACUAUUUCUCUGUCAGUCAUCUCCAGCUUGCACCAUUUUAUGGAAACAUACGUAGCUGAGAUCAGAUUUUAAAAGCUUUUUCUGCACAGAGGUGCAUGAAAAUGUAAAAAAAACACCUAAUGAACUCUUUCUUAGAAUAAGCAACAUAACUCAGACAAUCUAAUUUUAAAGUAGUUUUCUGUGUGGAUGUUCUAAAACUGAGUAGUUGGAGAUGUUAGACAUCUUAAGAUGUAUCCGUAGGUGCAGGAAAACCACUAGAUGACUUGCAGCAUCUUAAUAAUGUCUGGCUCACGAAGGUCCAACAAUUUGUUCAUCAUUUUAGUCAGUCAUCACCAGCUUGCACUAUUUUAUGAGAAUAUAACUCAUUCAGAUUGUUUUUUAAAGUGUUUUCCUGCCAGAACUGCACAAAAACACAAAGGAAAGUCCUGAAAUCUUUUUGGAAAAGGUGGUAUAGUUCAGACAAAUCUGAUUUCACAGAGUUUUCCUGUUUCAAGGUCCUAAAGUUGACUAAUUAAAACAAAUCAGUGUUGGCAUAAGGAGUAGUGAAUGCAGGAACACCAACAGUUCACUGAAGUAUGUUUUCUCUCUGCCUUUAUUCCCAGAAUCUCAUCUUCUGUUUGAUUUUGCUUCUAAUCUCUGGACUGCGGGUGACUUGUAGCAUCUUCAUGACGUCUGAUUUACCAACCUGAGAAGUGUCUCUUCACAUAGUUUAGAUAAGAUGCUGUAACUGGAGGAUAAAUGUGACUAAUUCAUAAAGGCUACAUGGAAAGAUCAGAGUUGAUGUGUUUGUAAAUCCAUAUCCAGGUCUACGGUCCAGAACAGAGCUCAGUCAUCCUCAGCUCAGCCUGUUUUAUGGGAAUAUAAGUAGCUCAGAUGUGAUUUUAAGGGUUUUUCUGCGCAGAGGUGCUCAAAAACGCAAAGAAAACUCAUGAAAUCUCUGUUAUGAGAAGUUAUGUCAUUGGGACAAAUCAGAUUUCGGAGAGGUUUUCAAUAACGCUGCGGUGUAAAUGCAACAUUAUUGACCACAGCAGAGUAGGGAAUUAUUUUCCAGCGCUGCAUUUGUGACUGUACACGUCUUGGCCUGCAGCUAGAGCUCCGACGAUCGGCUUAAAUUGGACAGAAAGGAGAAAGAAACAGCGUUAAAGAGCGAUGCAUCACUGUCCCAUCAGCGAUGCUGUACGACCGGCGUUAUUAGUGCGAAGACGCUGGCAUUUAUUCCUCUCCUCUGCGACACCUUUUUCGUUUGCUCAGCUGAAAGAGAGCAAAUAUGUUUAGCGUUUGGGGGUUUAAUAGUAUUUCAAUCACACAUCGAUCCCUUCAAAUCCGUUAUUAAGGGAUCAGACUGCUGUGAUGUGAUCCUUUGCGGUGGAGACAACUUUGCCUUCGUUUGUUUUCUUCAAGUGUAGAAGCGGAUUCCCAGCAGGCUGCAGGCGGCACAUUAACCAGACUGCAGCCUAAAGUUUCAUUCGGGCCCUACGUGUAUUUACUUCCUCUGCCAAAAAAAAGCACUAAUAUCAUGUUUUAAGGUUUGUUUCUCAGUGAAGAUAAAUAAUCCCGUCAAAUGGCUGCACCAGACACCUGAAGUUUUAUCAUUAAAUGUGACUCUUAAGGCUUAAUUUCCCCUCAGCUGAGUGAUUUAUUUAAGGUCGUUGUGCAGAGUCUGUUCAAAAAAAAGAAAAAUUAAAGGCUUUGGAAGACAUUUUCAAGCAAUAAAGUAUAUUAAAAAGUCUUUUGUUAAUGUUUGUUUGCAGAAAAGAAGAUGACAAGAAGAACAAAUUGGUCAGAGGAGAAAAAAUAAACUUCUGCAGAACUCAAUAAAAAGCAAACUCAAUAAAUAUUUGAUUUGCGAAUAACAGAAAACAACAUAUGAGGCAGGAAAUUGCACUGAAAAUGAAUUCAGGAAGCCGGGAACUGUUUACUUGCUUCAUUUAUUCCAGUAAAUUUGGCCGUGUUAUCGUUAAAAGAGAGUCAGAGGACUUUUUUGUUCUAAACUUCGUGGAUUUUUCAUUUCCUUCCAUCUGUUAUUACUGUUUUGUGCAUAUAAAAUGUCUGCAAACUCACAAAGUCCUCACCAAAACAUCUUGUUUGAGGUGCUGCCGUUUCUUUCGUUACUUAUCGACAUCAUCAUGUAACACAUUUGCAUAUUAACGCCUACUAGCAGCUAAUUUCGCCCUUAAACUAAGAAAGAGCAGCUUCCUCACAGUCCACUGUUAGUUUCUUGCUAAAUUAAUUUACAUCAGUAGACUCAGAGAUCUGGUUUGAUUAAAUUUGUUUAAAUUUCAAGGCCAGUUGACCAGUCAGAGCUUUUCAGGAGGGAAUCUUUCAAGAGACAAGAGCUAAAAACGUAUGUGAAAAGAGGUGCUACAGCAAUGUAAAGCAUGAGAAAAACAAUAUUUAUUGAACAUUAAAGCAUGUAAACAUAUUCUAGUAGAUCCAAAAAAUGAAAAUUUUCAUCUGUAAAUGGGCAUUAUGAGGGUUCUUUAAGGAUCAGGAGAAGGAACAGAAAAGUGUGUUUGAGUGUCAGAUUCUUAAUUUUUAAUAACUGUAAUGUUAGCAGUUUGAUUCUUAGCCAGCUGGAGUUGCAUUUAUUUCCCCUCUAAAUCCAAGUUUUCUUCAACUAGUUUUGAAGUCAGAUUGUUUAUUUCGUGGCUCCAUUUUUAUGCUAGUUUCAAAGAACAUUAUAAAGUCAAUUUUGUAGAGUACAUAAAUCACAGUUAAUUCCAGCUAAUGUUUAAUUUGCGGCUAAAAUGCCUGCUAACGUCACUAGUUUUCUUAAUUUGUCGUUGAUAAAAACAAAUAUUAGCAUGAGAGCUUAACAAAUCAGGGGAUUUUACCAAUGUGAUUUAAAAACUGGAUCCAAAAUGGCACCAAAUGCUCAUUUUUCCUUGCCAGUAGCAAUUCAGUUAGCAUUGAGAAAACCCGUUAUCUUUGUAUCAUAUUUGAAUUAAAUGCAGUGUAGAAGGUGAGAAAUAGUUUCUGACAAUGCUAAUCCUCUGCAACACUCAGUUGUUUCAGUUUUUUAUUGCCAGAGCCUCAAAGUUGGUUAACUGUUGUUAAAGACAGCAGCUUUCCUUUGCAGACGAAUGAGCAACAUCACAUUAAUUUGUGACUUUUACAGAUAUCUGUGCAUGUUUGCUUGUUUUCCUCACUACUGUCUUUAUUCUCAGUUAAACAUCCUGACUCCAGCUGCACUAUCACACACUUCUAUUCUCAUCCAGCUCUCAGGAAGUAAUCCUCCCAAAAAACUAUUUUCAAGAGCUCGUAACACCUUAAACACAAACCCAACAGAGAAAAAGGCGUAAAACCACACACGGGACGUUUUCGACCUGAAGUUGGAAAAUUAAUCAGCUGCUCUGCGUCGGGUCUAUUCACCUGAGCUUUGCUGAGAAUAAUCCACAUUUGUGGUGGAAUUCAAUAAAAUUACAGUCAAAAAUACUUGCAGAAGUUCUUCAGCAGGGAAAUAGAAAUGUUACACAGCAGAGCUCAGGUACUGAGGCGCCUCCAGCACUGAAGAGGGUAAAUCUGGUUUAUUUUGCUGGAAGUAAAAUUAAAAAACUGGAACAGUCGAUAUGUUAAACUGCAUCAGGAGACACUGACCUGACCACAGAUUAUGUACAGUAAGUCUGUGGAUGACCUUCUGUUUAGUGAGGGAGAGGUGGUAACAAAUGACAUAUCCGGCUCAUAAAAUAAACUUUUGCUUGUUCAAAUAGCUUUUAUUCAACAUAGAUUCAGUCCAACUUGUCUUGAUGCUUUUUACCAGAAGAUUUUGGAGGUAGGGAAGCACAUUUUGCUGCAAAAGAUUUCCUCCAGAGUCUUAUAUAUUAAUGUUAAAAAAAUUGAUCUACUCGCACUGUUAAAAAAUAAAUAAGAAAUAAAAAUCAUUUUUAAAGAAUGUGAAGCAAGUGUGCCAGAAAAAAAUAUUUUAAAAAUGUGAAAUACUGUAAUGUUCAAAAAUGGUAAAACCUGGGAAUAUAGCAGCAAUUAUUAUAUUUUUAAAUUAUUAGUUUAAAUUAUAUUUUUACCCGACUUAAACACAGGAAAACAACGUAAAAGAACAAACUACCAUCUGUGUAGACACAAGCUUUUGAUUUAACUGUUAUUUAUAAUUUUUGCCUGUUUUUUUCUUCUUUUUUUUAACAGUUAACACUUUUUUUCUGUGAGUUUAUCAGAUAUUACGGCUAAUUUGAAACACGGUAAAUCUGUUAAAAAAAAAAUUGCUCAGUCAGCAGAAUACUUAAUUUUUCUUUCAAAUUACAGCAAAUAUGUGUAAAAUAACAUCAUUUUUAGCUGAUUAAAUGCAAGAAAACCAUUUAAUUUUACAGACUGUAAAAGUUCAAAAAUUAGUACUUUACGACCUGAUGAGGACAUUAUUUACAGUUUACUGUACUUUCACGUUUAACAUGUAAAUUAGUAUUAUAUUCUGUGAUUUUACUAGUGUGGAAAAUCUGUAAAAUACAGUAAAUUGUUUUAAAAAACUGUUAUAGACUUUUUGUGGAUGAGCAUUUCAGCACAUUUUUAAAUAACCUCCAUCUAUACUUACAGUGGAAAAAGGUUUUCAGACACCCUAAACAUUGGCAUGUAUAUUGCAUUAAGAAUCACUCUUAGGUCUUCAAGUGAAAUUUCUUUUAGUGCCAUCACAGCCAUAAUACUAAACAAAUCCUAAGAAAGCCAUUAAAAACCUAAAAUUGAUUGGUUCUGGAAAAGUAAGAAAUUUUGAGUAGUGGGUCAUUUUGGUAGAAUUUAGUUUUCUUACUUUUUCUUGUAAACAAUGAACAAAACAAUAUCAUUUGUAUUUGUUUGUCUGCCUAAUGCAGCCACACCUUUUGAAACACACAAAAAAGAUUUUUCCACAAAUAUUACAGGAUAAUAUUUGAGAUUUUAUAAAACUUUAAGUUGUCCGAAAACUUUUUCCACGUCUGUCCACCAAAGCAAAUACAACAGGUCCUCGACUUAUGUCGGAGUUCUGUUCCGACAGAUCGAUGUAAGUGAAUUUUAGCCGUAAGUCGGAACUCUGGUGAAAAUGUAAACAAAGCUGUUACGUGCAUCACGAUAUCGAUCAGUUCUUUGGAAAAGUCAUGAAUGCAAAUUACUUUUAUUCAUGUAUAUUCAUUUUAAUUCAAUUCAAUUCAAUUUUAUUUAUAUAGCGGCAAAUACCUGUCAAACUGUCUCAAGACGAUUUACAGAACCCAUAUGCCUGAACCGCCAGAGCAAGAACUAAGGCAAUAGUGGCGAGAAAAAUACCCUUUUAACGGGAAGAAACCUUGAACAGAACCUGGCCCUUUAUAUGGGGGAACCCAUCUGCCUGCUUUUGCAAGAAGAUAACAGAAUAUUGUAACAGACUGAUCCUGUUGUUUAUGUUGAGGUUUUAAUGUUUAUUGUUCAGUUCGAGAUUUACCUAAUGUCAGUGAAUGUGCCAUGUUCAGUUAGCUCACCUCUGAUUGGCUGAGAGUUAGCAGUAGUGUGUGUGUCAAGCGAGAGAGCUGGAAACGGUGGCUAAUUCUGGUGCUAAGUUACAGUGGUUUUUGUAGUUAUUCUGGCGUUAACUACGGCCCACAGUAGUCUGUGUGAAGGUUCAAUAAACGACCAGAGAACCAGAUAAAGUCUCACUCAUUCAUCACAGAGGGUCGCUAUGAUAUGUUGCACUGUUUUUACAACUUGACCGAUGUUCAGCAGUAUUUCGCCCUGUUCCGACGGUUUUAUUAUAUCUAAUUUCACUUCCAUGGAGUUACCAUAAGAAAAAUCUGACUUACGCUUGGGAGCCAUAAUGGAGGGCAAAAAGUUAACAAAUGUAGCACAAUCCAAGGUGACGUACAACUGGCGAAUGCUGACAAAGUCGUCUUAUAGCGUCGUGUGACAACGUAUUGGUCUGUUCCACUUGUCAACUAGUUAACCAGUUCCGACAUAUCUCUGUACACUAAACAGAGGACUGGCCUGUAACCAGUUCCGAUGCAAUGAUGAAACGCCGUAAGAUGAUGUCAUUGUAAACCGAGAACCCCCUGUACUGGUUUGCAGCAGCAAUUCACAUGAAACUGCAAUAACUGAGUUUUCUAACUAAAAUAGUCGACGUAAUUUCUACAAGUCUCUGUUAUAGGUGUCCUGAAAUGUUACAGUCAUGCGGAGACUUUGCUUAAACUUAGCAAAAGUUACGGGCUCUCAAAUGUAUUAUUGUCGAUGUAGCCUUCGUCGACUGCAAAGUGAGGGGAAACCAUCAGUUUCAGGGAAUUUUCAGAGUCUUGCUUCCGUUUGAUUUUAGCCAUUUAGCCGCUGUCAUAGUGCUCCAUUUGGUAAUUUGCUGUUGCAUUUAGCUGUCAAGUUUCAAGAAAGUCCUAUUCCAACACGUUAGCUAGUUGACAUACUUGUACAAACAUGUAGGGCGAUACAAUCAGGCAGCAUUGAGGUCCUUAAUGCAGCAAAAGAAUCAUUGCAGAGUGUUUGCAAAGUCAUGCACCAAAACAAAGCUGCAGGAUGAGCAGUAUUUUUGCUUCAAUUCUUCUGUUUUACACAAAUCUCUGCAACAGAGUUGAACACCUGAACCCACAAAGACUGUUGAAAUAAACUGAAUUAUCCUUUAAAGCACAUGUUGGUGCUCUGGCUGUGAAUAAACGUAAAUCGGACUGGAAGAGAUGUGGCAGCAAAACGUACGGGACACAUCUAGCUCAGAUUUAAGUGGAAAAGCAUCAGACAGACAGAUCUCACCUGGGUACCACACUCAUAUAUCCGCCUCCAGCAAGUGGCUGCAAGCUCAACCUCCAGUAUUAAUUAGUGAUAAGACAAAAAAAAAGAAAUUACUCAGGACUGAAAACUUCAGAAAGUACAAGAUAAGUGUAGCGGUGACCUACGUGUGUCAUUGAAGAUGCUUUUUGAAUGAGGAGUGAGAUGAUAGAAAAUAACUCUUCCCCUUAAAUUUAUUGCUAAUAAAAACGAGGAAGAGAGGAUUUAAAUGAGUCUGAACGCCUCCUCACUAAUUAAACACCAUUCACAUAAAUUGAAACUAUAAAUACAGGAAAUCAAAUCACUGUUUUAUGACGGGAAACGCAGAGACUGACAAUGAGUUGCAUCACUGUACAGUGUGAAUACCUACAGCUCUAUUAAUGUCAGUGUACAUAGCCGUUCCAUAUGUAUAUAGAUAAUGUCAUAAAUGCCUUGCAACUUUUAAAGCUUUAACAUCUUCUAUUGGUUGUGUUUUACAUCUUUAUUCACUUUAUUCCUCUCCCUGUGAUACCUAACCCUUCAUUCGGCUACGUACAUUCUUACUGCUUGCUUUACAAAUUAAGAGAGAGAAUUAGUAGAGAAACCAUUUUAUUUCCACACACAUUCCCAUUAACAGAAGGGUUACCAGUUUUGGCAUUUUAAUAUGGAUGGAACCAGAAACAAGCAUAAAAAAGCUGGCUUCAUAGUGUAAAAAGCUGAUUUAAUUCAAGUUGCUUGUGCGUAUCUGUAUCUCCACGUAACAGACAAAUAGAAAACACCUGUUAUAAUCCUUCUUUGUGGGCGAUAAACCUGACGAACGUGGUUUUAGUUUGACAUUUUGGGACAUGAAAGACAUGCUGCAUGACUUCAGCUCUCUAUAAUCUACAUACGGUAUCAUGGGGUGAGGAAUAAUGUGACAGAACACACACAUACUGCAUUAUUUAAGAUGACUAAAAAUGCAUUAAAAUCCUGUCACGUACUGGACUGAUUUCACGGUAAAUUGUAAAAAAAAAAAAAAAAAAGACUCUACGGAGAUAUUUAACUUGAUUGUCUGUCCUUUUCCCACUAUAUUGUUUGUGUUUGUAUCCGCAAACAGUGAUUGUUUUCCGUGUCCAAGGUUGUUUGUAAGUGUGUGUGCGAGAGAGACAGAAAGAUGACAUAUCUCACUGUGGUGUAAAUUAGCUUGUUGCAUUCAUCAUUCAUCCAUGUUUCUUUGUUGCUGAUUAAACUGCUCUUCGCCGGCGCUUUCCCCCAACAAAAUGUCACUUCCUGACCUUCUCUGCUUGUAGAAACAUGCAGCAUGCAGAACUGAGCUUUCUUUGCCUUUGUGAGAAGCAGAAUAGCAGGAUGUUGUAUGAUCUUGUGACUCGUACAUACAUUAUAUUCCUGUGUGAAGCUGAGAUGAAAAAAACAACAACGUCCGAACUGGCUUUAAAGUCGCGCUCGGAGCUUGGAAUCAAACAGAAUGGAGAUCGGAACAUCUGGGAUCGCUGAUGACGGAUGGACGACUCCAGGGAUGAAAGCUCUGAGCGCACACUGAUGACAUCGCUGUGGACAAUAACUCUUUAUUGUACAUCAGUAUGUACAGAUAGAAGUUUUUUCAAACGAUGCAGACGCAGCAUUUUCUGCUUUGAAAAAAGAACUUUGUGAAGAAUUUCUCUAUUUGUCCUUGGCUGUCUUAAGUUAUGUCUCCUCAUCUCAACAUGAUCUUUUUUUAGAUCCCGUCACUCUGCUCCUCUAACAGGUUUUCUCUCCAUCCAUGUGUAGUAGGUUUUGCUACCUUUAUAGAAAAUCAUUAAACUGGUGCUGACUGACUA